GUGCAGUGUUGAUCAGAAAAAGCAAAUAUUUAGCCAUUUUUUGUCCAUCGCUUCAAAGAUAAGACACAAACACUUGACUUCAUUGUAAACGAUGAACACAAUGGCAAUGAGGAAAGCCAUUCAGAAGCACCAGAUGCUCAAAGUGUCUGCGCUGAUGUCAUCGAUGGCUCAGAGGGCGAUGAGUGCGGGCUCCGCCCACCCCAACCCCAACCCUCACGGCUGGAAGUCAUGGCGAGAUAUACCCGACUCUAUGAUCCCGACGACCAGCAAACGGGACCCGAAUAACCCGAUUUACGGCACCAGAAAGUAUGUGGACUACCGGAAGCAACAGAUUUGGUUUCAGAUCCCGGACGGCGUUCCCGUGUUCCUUAAGGGCGGAACCACUGACAAAGUGCUGUACUAUGGCUUAUGGGUAGCAGUGACCACUUUGGUGUUAGUGAACGCUUACCACAUCGGAGACAUGAUCUUCGGAAAGCCUACUAAAAAGGCGUAAAGGCCUCAGAACUACCUGUCCUUUAAAGUCAAUUUACGAGAUUUACGUAUAAUUCGAGAAAUAAAUGCAAAUUUAGUUUUUUGUUUUCAUUCAUUAGCUUAAAGUUAUUUUAGUGUCAAAUAUAAAAGUUAUUGUAUUUAAUCGUAAAUAAUAUGCGAUUAAAAACCUAUGAAUUUGUUGUCUAAAAACUAAUUAAUAUUUGUUUUAAUAAAAUAGUAUUAAAUUAGAUA